GAGCCCUCCGGCAGGCAAGCUGGGCUGCGGAUUCCCUUCUCCGCCCCCGAGCUCCUCCUCCUUCUUCGCAGUCCCGCCCACUGGGGGAGGCCACUACGGCGCCUGCGCCAAGUCUGCCUUGCCCCGCCCCCUACCUGCCAGCCGGGUAUUAUCCGAGUUCCCAGAGUGCUUUGCGAGAGGCGGGCAUGAUAGCAAAUGCAGGAGGGUCGCACGCGGGUUCAAGUUGUCAUUGUUGGGGUUGUUCUGUUGUGCUAGGGGGUUCUGCGAAAUUCGGGCCAGGUCACCGCCUUGUCGGCGUGUGCAAUGGCGCUUCUCCGGGGCGUGUGGGGCGUGCUGAGCGCCCUGGGAAAGUGCGGAGCGGAUAUCUGCACGGGCUGUGCAAGUCGGCUGCGCUCUCCCUUCAGUUUUGCAUAUGUGCCGAGAAAUUUUUCGUCCACCUUGGGUACUUAUCCAAAGAAACCUAUGACUUCAUAUGUUCGAUUUUCUAAAGAACAGCUACCCAUAUUUAAAGCUCAGAACCCAGAUGCGAAAAAUUCAGAACUAAUUAAAAAAAUCGCCCAGCUAUGGAGGGAACUUCCUGAGUCAGAGAAAAAAAUAUAUGAAGAUGCUUACAGGGCAGACUGGCAGGCAUACAAAGAAGAGAUAAACAGAUUUCAAGAACAGCUGACUCCAAGUCAGAUGGUAUCUUUGGAAAAAGAAAUCACACAAAAACGGUUAAGAAAGAAAGCAUUAAUAAAAAAGAGAGAGUUAACAAUGCUUGGAAAACCAAAAAGACCUCGCUCAGCUUAUAACAUUUUUAUAGCUGAAUGCUUCCAGGAAGCUAAGGAUGGUUCAUCACAGGUAAAGCUGAAGACUGUAAAUGAAAACUGGAAAAAUCUCUCUAGUGCUCAAAAGCAAGUGUAUAUUCAACUUGCUAAUGAUGAUAAAAUUCGUUAUUAUAAUGAAAUGAAAUCUUGGGAAGAACAUAUGAUUGAAGUUGGACGAAAUGAUCUUAUACGUCGCAAGGUGAAGCAGCAAGCAAAAGAUGGCACUGAAGAGAGUUAAAAUAGAAGACUGAGUUAUGUUCACAAUGGAUAGACGCAAGAAACCAAUUAGGUCUCAAUACCUGAAGCUGUUGUAAUAUUAGAAAGGAUAAAGUUGGUAAACAUUUUAUAUUUUAAUUUCUUCUUCUUUAGCUAGUUGACUUCUGCCAGUUCAAUACAUGUUAUAUUAGUAUCUUGCUUUGGAAAACCCAAACAGAUGAAAGUUCAUGCGAAAUUUAUUUUGUGUUUAGGAACGACUGAGGAUCAAAAUAGUCCAUGAAAUGUAGCUGUAAAUUAUUUUACCUUUGAUAAAGGCAAAUCAGACUGUGAAGGUUUUUUAUACUUGAUGACUAUGGAAAGAGUAUUCUUGUUUCCUUAUAUUAUGGAGGCAAGAGUUUCCUAUUCAAAAGUGCCCCAAACUGUAGAAGCCAUAGUGUUCUGUGAUAUAAUUGUGCAUUUUUUAAAGAGCGCUCAGAACUCAUCUAGGUAAAUUCCAUUUCCUGGAUAUAAUUCAUAUUAUAUUCAGAGUUGAUGGUUGUACAUGCAAGGGAUUGCCAAUUUCAGUUCAACUUUUUAUAAAAGUGAUGGAGAGAUUUAUAAACCUUUUCCUCAUUGUCUUUUUUCCUAAAGUGAAAACUAAGAAAUUAUGUACCAAAUCUAUGCAUAUUGUUUUAUAAUGCAUAGAAUAAAAGUUUUAAAUAUUUCC